AUGGCAAAGGCAGCAGAGGCUGUCAAGGUGGUGGUGCGCUGCAGGCCGCUCAACAGCCAGGAGAAGCAGGAUGGACGGGAACGUGUCGUGGACAUGGAUGUGCGCGCCGGCCAGGUCACGCUGCGCAACUCCAAGGCGGAUGGCGGGGAGGCGCCCAAGAUGUUCACGUUUGACCAGGUAUACGAUUGGGACAGCAAUCAAAAGGAGAUAUUUGAAAUCACGGCGCGCCCCAUCAUCGACGCUGUCAUGGACGGCUACAACGGCACCAUAUUUGCUUACGGGCAGACCGGCACCGGCAAGUCCUUCACUAUGGAAGGCAAAGACGAGCCCCCUGAGCUGCGGGGCAUCAUCCCCGGCGCUUUCAACUACAUAUUCGAGACCAUCGCGCGGCAGAGCGGGUCCAAGGAGUUCCUCGUGCGUGCGUCCUACCUCGAGAUCUACAACGAGGAUAUCAGGGACCUGCUGUCAAAAAGCCCAGAGGCCAAGCUGGAGCUAAAAGAGAGCCCCGACAGGGGUGUGUACGUGAAGGACCUGAUGCAGUUUGUGGUCAAGGGCGUGCCAGAGAUCAGCAGCGUGCUGCAGGUUGGCAAGAAGAACCGAGUGGUGGGCGCCACCAUGAUGAACCAGGACAGCAGCAGGUCCCACUCCAUAUUCAGCAUCACCAUUGAGACCACAGAGCGCAUCGCGCCCGGCGCCCAGGCGGCCGCUGCGGCGGACGGCCACAUCCGGGUAGGAAAGCUGAAUCUCGUGGAUUUGGCGGGCAGCGAGCGCCAGUCAAAGACCGGAGCCACAGGCGACCGCCUGAAGGAGGGGAUCAAGAUCAACCUGUCCCUCACGGCCCUGGGCAACGUCAUCAGCGCCCUGGUGGACGGCAAGAGCAGCCACAUCCCCUACCGCGACUCCAAGCUGACGCGGCUGCUGCAGGACAGCCUGGGGGGCAACACCAAGACUGUGAUGGUCGCAAACGUGGGGCCGGCGGACUGGAACUACGACGAGACCCUCAGCACGCUGAGGUACGCCAACCGGGCUAAGAACAUCACCAACAAGCCGCGCAUCAACGAGGACCCCAAGGACGCCAUGCUCAGGCAGUUCCAGGACGAGAUUACACGACUCAAGGAGCAGCUGGCAGCGCGCCAGGCGGCCGGCGGGGGCGCAGGCGGUGGCGGGGGCGGUGGCGGGCAGCCACGCGUGGUGGAGCGUGUUGUGGAGGUUGUCGCUGACGAGGCUCUGAUGGAGAAGAUCCGUGGCGAGAUGAAGGCCGAGAUCGAGGCCAAAGUGCGGUCUGACAUCAGCGCGGAGGCGGCGGCUGCUGUGCGGGCGGAGGCGGAGGCCAACGCGCACAAGCAGCUGGAGGCCGCCAUGGCGGAGAGCGGCCGCAGCGAGGAGCAGCGGCGCGCGCUGCGCGAGGCGCUGAAGAGGCGCCUGGCGGACAUGGCGGCGCUGCAGGCGGCGGCGGAGGGGGAGCGGAGGGAGCAGGCGGAGCUGCUGGCCAAGAUCAAAGCCAUGGAGGGCAAGGUGCUGCAUGGCGGGGUCAACCUGCUGGACAAGGUGGACGAGCUCAAGGCGCGCAGCGUGGCCACAAAGCAGGAGAUGGAGGUCCGGCGGCGCCAGCAGGAGGAGCAGCAGCGGCGGCUGCAGCAGCUGCAGCUGCACCAGCUCGACCUCAACCAGGCCUACACCAGCCUCGAGGACGAGGUGGCCCAGAAGUCGCGGCAGCUGCGGGCGCUGUAUGCAGAAUAUCAGGAGAAAAAGGGGGAGGCCGCGGGCCUGUCGUCGCAGUUCCAGUCUGAGCGGGAGGCUCUACUGGAUGACUACCGUUCGCUGACUCGGCAGGUCAAGCUGAAGAACCUGGUGAUCGCCUGCUUCAUCCCACCGGCAUACCAAGAGGUCAUCAUGGACCACUGCCACUGGGAUGAGUACGACGAGGCGUGGAGGAUUGACCACGCAGAGUACGCAGGCAAUGUGCAGCGCGCGCAGCAGGAGCAGCAGCUGCAGAAGCAGCGGGCGCAGCAGGCGGCGGAGGCGGACCUGUACACGCUGGACUGCCGCCGCAUGGAGGGGCUGUAUUACUCAUACGCUUCGAUGGGUGAUGACCUGGCUGGGUCACCCAGCACCGGCGGCGGCGGCGGCAGCCCGCGGCGCACGACGGCGCAGCGGCCCGGCACGGCGGGGCGGCGGGGUGCGGGGGCUCUGAACGCUGCGCUGGCGGCGGCUGCGGCGGUCAUGGGGGACGCCGUUGCGGCGGGCGGGCAGGGCGGCUUGCCAAAUGGCGGCAAGCGGCCUGGAUCGGCACGGGGUGGUGGCGGCGACAGAGGCGUCGCAGCCAAAGCUGCCCCGUCAGCGAGUGCAGCUGCCGCGUCAGGCGGCGCAGGAGGGCGGCCCGGGACGGUGUUGGCCGGCCUUGCGGGCCCAACGGGGGCGCAGCUGCAGCAGCAGGGCCAGCAACAGCUGCUACAGCAGAAGCAGCAACAGCAGCAGCAGCAGCAGCAGCUCUUCCCAAGUGCAAGGGGGCUGGUCAAAGCCUCAGUGGAUGGCAUGACGCGCCCUGCCUCCGCCCGGGCCCGCCGCGACUGA